CUGUACGUUUUGCGUAUUUAAAUACUGUUUCAGGAAAGUACAUGGCUUUAGAGCUAGAGCUUGAUUUGGAUCCCCAUUCUUCCCCUUGGCUUUCUAACAUGUGUUUACUCGGGUUGAGUUCAACUUUCGUUUCCAAUGUAGCAUGCGAGGAUUUCCCAGCUGGUAGUGGUUGCCCGAGGCUAAUAGUGCAUGAAAGCCGCCUAGCCUGAGGCUGAUGCCAGGGAGGCUCGGUAGAUACAGCCUCACUAGCUUUCCCUCCUCUGUCUCAGUGAUGCGGACUCAGGAGUGAUACUAGGCAAACCCUGUCACUGACCUGCACCGGCCACUCUUUUUCAAAAAAUGUUUUAAAAACUUGACAGUUUCAUGUAUGCAUAUUGUGUCUUGAUUAUGCCACCCCCAGCUCCCUCCUUCCACUCCUCCCGAACCCCUUAGUACUUCCCCACCUUCAAGUCCUCGUUAAAUUUUAUUUUUAUGACUCACUGGGUCCAGUUAGUGCUUCCUAUACAUGUAUGGAUGUGUAUCCAUGGGCAGCCUAGAAGCAGCCACACCCCCAAAGGAAAAUGAGUCCCGCUCCCCCAACAGCCAUGGAUUGAGAGCAGCUCUUCAGCUGUGGGUGAUUCCCCCUGAGCUCCUCUCUCGUCCAUGGGGAAGAUUGACUGGCUUGAUCUUACAGGUAACCCUAGUGCAGCGAGCUCAUUAGUACAGUCGCCGUGUCAUGUCUGGAAGAGAGCCUUUCACAGCAUCCCUCCCAUCCUCAGGUGUCUUUCUUACGGCUGCUCUUUCCGUGAUGUUCCCUGAGCCUUGGGGGACUCGAUAAUAAAUGGCUUAUUUAGGACUGAGUACUCAAUGUCACGUACUCUCAACAUUUUAAUCAGUUAUGAGGUUGUUGCCCAUUACAGAACAAAGCUCUGGCCAGGGUUUGAGCAGCACUAAUCUCUGAAUGUAAACAUUUAGAAAGCAAUUUGACAACAAUAAUCAGUACUCCCCUAGGACCCAGAACCUCUUCAGCCAUGGACUUUUGACCAGAUUUACAGCACUAGACUUGAAUUCCUUCCUUUGGAGCAGGCCUCGAAUCCAACCCCAAAAUGUUUGGUAACCCCAUAAUAGUCAUGCCAUUACUGCUCAGGUAGGCACGUCUUGCUUGGCAGGGUAGUAGUAUAGUACGUAGUCUGUUGAUGACCUUUCUUUCCCAGCAGGCUAUAAAAUACCAUCGAUCACUAUAACAAUUAGCUUGCAGGAAGGAAGUUUCCAGGUCAGUUUCAACCUAAUUUCUUUUUUUAGUUUUUCAAGAAAGGGUUUCUCUGUGUAGUUUUGGUGCCUGUUCUGGAUCUCGCUCUGCAGACCAGGCUGGCCUUGAACUCUCAGAGAUCCGCCUGGCACUACCUUCCGAGUGCUGGGAUUAAAGGCGAGCACUGCUGCCAGCCUCAACCUAAUUUCUUUACGCAUUCUUCAAUUGUGUUUUAUUUAUUUAUUUAUUUAUUUAUUUUUGCUAUGGUGGACAACCAAGAACAGUGAUGAUGACUUGUAUUAUUUGGGGUGCCUCCGUGUCCUUUCUGACCAGUUACUCAUAGGGAGGUAUCUCAUACAUUGGGGUUUUCAUUUAAAAACUCUGUCUUCUGGAGAAACAUUGCCCAUUAAUUAAAGAUACCUCUGUUCAAACUCCUUUUUAAAAUGUUUUAAAAUUAGUUUACAAAGCGUAAGGUGUUGUAGAACAUUAUUUUCAGGUGUGUAACUUUUGUUUAUGUUGCAUUUGUUUAACUCUGUGAAGCUGUGUUACUGUGCCUGUGUAAAACACCUGAUGGUCUAAUAAAGAGCUGAACGGCCAAUAGUGAGGCAGGAAAAAGGAUAGGUGGGGCUGGCAGGCAGAGAGGAUAAAUAGAAGGAGAACUCUGGGAGGGAAAAAGAUCAAGGAAAGGGAGAGAAGAAGGAGCCAGCCACCCAGCUACACUCUAAACACAGAGUAAGAGAAAGAUACACAGAAGUAAAAGAAUGGGAAAAGUCCAGAGGCAAAAGGUAGACAGGAUAAUUUAAGUUAAGGAAAGCUGGCAAGAAGCAAGCCAAGCUAAGGCUGGGCAUUCAUAAUUAAGAAUAAGCCUCCAUGUGUGAUUUAUUUGGGAGCUGGGUGGCGGGGCCCCCUAAAAGACCAAAAACAAGGCCUUUUUAUACAUCCUUAGUGUUUUUGACUCACCCGCACACCACAAGCCUCAUUCCUGCUUAAACACACAUACUCUCCUCUCUCUCUCUCUCUCUCUCUCUCUCUCUCUCUCUCUCUCUCUCUCACACACACACACACACACACACACACACACACACACACAUCCUUACCACAUUUGUUUUGUGCACUUACUCCGUUAAGGCCUCCCGGCCCUAUAUGCUAUUUCUAGCUUCCUGAUCUCAAGUAAAACACACACAUCUAAAAAUUUGAAGCUGAGAUCCUCACAUGAGAGAAAGAGAGAGAGGCAUUUGUCCUUCUAGGCCUGGGUUACCUCUGUAACCAUAUUCUUGGUUACAUAUUCUUCAGUUCCAUCUAUUUUCUAGAAAACGUCAGAAUUUCCUUUUCCUGACAUCUACACAAACUGCCACUUGUGUGUGUCUAGGCUGCUUUCAUGCCCUAGCUGCGAUCAGCUGAGCCCCAGGGAUCCCUGUGGUAGGCUGUUGAAUCCUUUGGGUAUAUGCCCAGAAGUGGUACAGUUGGGUCAUAUGAUAGUUCUAACUUAAGCUUUUGGAGACACCUCUACACAGAGAUCCAUAGUGGCUGCACCAGUUUACAGUCCCACCAACAACCCGUACUCUUCCUCAGCAUGGUCCUGAUGACGGCCAUUCUGGCUAAGGUAAGAUAUAAUCUCAAUUUUAAUUUACAUUUCCUCGAUGCCUGGCCGCCCUUUUAACACAGGUGUUGUAAAAAUCACAUUUUUAAAAUGAAUUACAGAACCUGCUUUGGAGCAAACUGUUUUAACUUCGUUGUGUGCCUCCUUUCAGACUUCAUACUUGGGUUUUGUUUAGCCCCACUAUUCACAGGAUUUUUAACUUUCCCAUACUUGCUGCAUUGUGAAAUCUGCCCAUGUUAAGUACAAAAGAGGUGUUAGAGUGAGGUGUCACAAUAAACGAGGACAUUUUCAUCAAAGCAGUUAGAAACAUGUUGGUGUUCAUGUAUCUUUCUAAUGUCUGUAUAACUAAUUACUGGUUACAAAGAAAAAAAACUCUUUAAAAUUUCCUGAGGAUUUGCUAAAGUUGAACAUGAGAAAGGCUAAGAAACGCCACCUUUCCCAGCACAGGACUUGAAAGUUGCUGCCUUACGUAAAGCUGAGCAAACUUCGCUUCAGCGUCUAAGCCUUUCUUGGCAGACAGCAGCUUUGUGUCAGUCACCUCUUCCCAGCGACUUGGUGAGACCCUCGAGAUCCGGCAGCAACUGCCUCCCGCCGCCGGCAAAAGAAACCCACCCAGAACCUGAGUCCAGAAAACCCAGGGAAGGAAACUGGGGUCUGAGAGUCCUCCUGCAGCAAAGACCGAGGUUGGCCACUGGAGCGCGGCACUGAGCAGGGACACAGGACCUGUGGGGCGUGGUGGCGGGCCUGUGUUGUCAUCCCUAUGGAGAUGGGGCUCUCCCUGCCCCACCUGCCACCCCAGGCUGGGAUCUGGAGAACUGCCUCUCCUUUUCCCUGCACAGUGCCAAGAGGAGUCUGCCGCCACCGAGCUCAGCCCCUUGGCCACUUCCUGGAGUUCCUAGAAGUGGAAGAAAAUAAUUUGCUGAGAUGUCACUAAGGAAUUUUCCCCAGGAAAGUCUGGAAGUGGAGAGCUUCCGCACGAGGUUCAGUGCCUGGACUCCCUUUACCAACCAGUCCUUAAACAGACAGCUCUUUCAAGAAAGAGUUACUCUCAUAACUCACUGGUUUGGCCUCUGGACCAACAAGCAACGGCGGGAAUUCUUAUUCACAAUUCUUUCACAAUGUUCUAAAUCACAACUAAGGUUCAUGCAAGACUGGUUUUCAGAAAGGAAGCAGGUGGCCAGCGUGGAUUUCUCGACAGUGUUACCGCGCUCCAUUUCUCUGUACAUCUUUUCCUUUCUGAGUCCGAAAGACCUGUGUGCAGCUGCUCAAGUCAGCUGGCCCUGGAAGUUUCUAACGGAACAGGAUUGCUUAUGGAUGCCCAAGUGCACCAAGUUUGGAUGGUUUCUGCCCUAUACGCCAACACAGAAUGAAUAUGGAGCUUGGAAACACCACUACAUUGCUUGUGUGUCCAGCUUGGACUGGCUAACGCCCAGGGAGGCUGCUGCUGUGUAUGGAACAUUGAAUGAACCCAAACCAGAAGAUGAGGAGUUCCAGGAGAGACAAAGAGAAAAGUGCCUGAGAAAAAUCAUUUGGGAGAACAUUGCAUUCCGGAAGAAAUUGUUAUUCAAAGCUCGACCCCCUUGGCUGAGUGGAACGUGCUCCAGGAUACUGAAGUCCCCGAGCCUACCCCGUGGUCCUCAGAUGGGGAGGGAUGGAGCAGGAUUCUAUGAAACUUUGGAAAGACAGCUUGUUCUGGCAUCUUUAGAUGCUUUGCCUAAGCGAAGCAAUCUCUCUGGAAGUCACUCCUACCCUUUAUUAUUAAAGAAAAAUCACCGUGGCGUUGGUAGGACUGAUGGCAGCUCUUCUGGUGCUUUGCAGACACAUGUCAUCCUGAUCUCAUCACGAAUUCCUGCCUAUGAGAUGGUGGUGGAGAGCGUGAAGGUGGGUGUCGUGACCGUCCUGUACGAACACAGUGGUGUGACCCUGGAGGGCCUGCUUCAUCUCGUAGACAGAGCUCUGCAAGGGCGGAAGGCACAGAGCCUGGGAAUAUUUAGCGGUGGAAACAGCAGAGAAAUUGACUUACUCCAAGGCUAUAAAAUUUGUAUUAAAAAUUUAUUGUCGCCUGAAGUGAGGGACUUCUGGGAGAAAUUAGGAAGCUGUGUGGCCACCAAAGAAGAAGGGGGACGUGUAGACUUUUUUGUGCCUCUUGGAGCAUCAGAGGCAGGCAUGGAGGUCCUUUCUCAGCUGUCUCAACUAACUGGCACGUUCUUCUCGGCCCCCACCGGAAUCGCAACUGGUUCAUACCAACACAUUCUUAGUGACUGGCUGGGGGCACAGCAGGACAGACCACCUCCUUCUAACUACUUCAGUGAGUCCAAGCUGCAGGCAUGGUCCAGCUUCACAGACUCCCUGGAAGACACCUUGAAAUCAGUGAGGAAGGAGCUGCAUCCACUCUUCAAGAACUUGCAGAAGAGCAUCAGUGGCCAGAUCAUAGGGCAAUUUAUGUUUGAUGCUCUGAGUAUGGCCAGCAUUCUCCAGAACCAAGAUGCUGCACAGGCUCUGGCCGAUGGACUGAUGGAGUUGUCAAAAGAAGGCUCUGACAAACCUCUGGAAUUUUUGUCAUGUUUCCUACUGAAGAAAUCUAGUAAAAGGAGCGAGGAAUUUGAAGGAAAUGAUAUUCUGAUAGAACAUGACGUAAAAGUAACACCGGAUCCAUUCACGAAGGAUGACAGUUCUCAGGACACAAAGUCAAGUCCAAGCCAAAGCGACCUGAACAUGGAGGUGCUGGUUAAGCUGGAGAGAAAGCUAAAGAUGAACUCAGUAGAGAAACGAACCCAAGUUGUGAGGGAGCUUGUACAGAGCGAGAGACGGUAUGUGCAGAUGCUGGGAAUCGUGAGGGAUGUGUACGCCAGGCCCCUGAGGGCAGCGCUCUCCUCAAACAGAGCCAUUCUGAGUGCUGCCAACACACACAUCAUUUUCUCUGAUAUUCUACGCAUCUUAGAUCUCAACAGAGAAUUUCUAGAUAACCUAAGAGACAGACUACAGGAAUGGAGCCCAGCCCACUGUGUGGGAGAAAUAUUCAUAAAGUUUGGAAGGCAGUUGAACACAUAUACCAAUUUCUUCAACAACUAUCCAGUGGUUCUGAAAACCAUCGAGAAGUGCAGAGAAAUGACCCCAGCAUUCCGAGCUUUCUUGAAGAGGCAUGAUAAGACCAUUGUUACCAGAAUGCUGAGCCUGCCAGAGCUGCUUCUGUACCCAUCCCAGAGAUUUGGAGAAUAUAUUCACCUGCUCUAUGCUCUGAGACUCCAUACUCCCGCAGGACAUACAGACCGUGGGGACCUGACCACUGCAAUUGAUCAAAUCAAGAAAUAUGAAGACUACAUAGAGCAGAUAAAGGAAAACAUCAACAUGAAAGAGCAGCUGUCCGAUGUACAGACGAUCAUCUCGGGGUGCCCUACCCUAUCAGAAGUAAACAGAUACCUGAUUAGGAUCCAAGAUGUAGUUCAACUUCAUUGCUGUGGUGAGACAAUGGACUUCUCUUUAAGGCUCUACGAAGAGACCCGAGAUCUCAGCCUCUUCCUCUUCAAUGAUGCACUGCUUGUUACCAGCCGGGGCACAUCUCAUACUCCAUUUGAAAGGACUUCUAAAACAACCUACCAGUUCAUUGCAUCAGUGGCCCUUCCCAGGAUACUCGUAGAAGACAUUCCAGACUCCAAAUAUGUCAAGAAUGCAUUCAUUCUUCAAGGUCCAAAACGUGAAUGGAUCUGUGCUACUGAGGUGGUGGAUGAUAAAUUCCUUUGGUUGUCUAUACUCCAAACUACAAUCAGAAGCAGUAUGAAGUAAGACUAGAUUCAAAACAGACAAGAAGGUUCUUGGAAAUUCAUAUGCCAUGUUUUCUGCUUCAGAACAUCUAGUGAGAAACAGAGGGAUCAGUCAUGGAUGCUGAGGAGAUGGAUGAGCUAGGACCAUCUGUGAGGUUCCUUUCAACUUUUAAAAUGCAUGAUUAAACUAUGUGAAGUGUCUAAGAACAAGUCUAAAAUUUUGAACCACAUCUUUCGGUAGCUACUGCGCAUAAGCAUUAUUUAAAACAAUUUGACAUGAUGAGCAAUGAGAAAAAACGUGUAGGUUUUUAAAAAUGAGUAGUGAAAAAUCAGAAUGAACGUUUCUUUCAUGAGCAUUCUAGAAAAAUACUUGAAUUUUGGGAUUCACCAAUCAACUUUUUCAUGAAGCAAUUAAUGAUUUUAAGGAUAUGUCUGAGAAAUAGAAAUAGCAGCUUUCUCAAGCACUUGUCAAACAAUGUGAAUGUGCCUCUUUGAAAGACAUUAGAAUAUGCCAUUUCAAAGUACUAAAAAGUUUGGCGAGUUUUGUUUGUUUUCUAUAAUUCUUACUUUUUGCUUUAAGAUCAAAUUCUUGUAUCUUCCAAAUAACCUUAACAUUUUUUUUAAACAAUACUAUUAGAAAUGCAGUGGUGGGAAAAUGUAAUUUUUAAGUAACAAAAUGAAUGAAUGGGACUGGAGAUAUAGCUCAUUGGUUAAGAGCACUGGCUGUUCUUCCAGAGGGCCCAGACUUAAUUCCUGGAACCUACAUGGUAGAUUAUAACCUGAAACUCCAGUUCUAGGGAAACUGAUACUCUCUCUGGCCUCCAUGGGUACCAGGUAUGGAUGCAGUACACAGAGAUACAUGCAAAACACACACACCCAUAAAAAUUAGAAUAAUCCGUAAAAAUUAACGGAAAUUGUUGUACUUCAGAAUCAAGGCCCAGAGACUCCUGAAAUGGAAUGGGCUUAAGACUCCUCCCUAAGGACUAGCUUUCAAGGCACCCAAAAGGUGCCAUGUAAGCUUCCAACAGGAGGGGAGCAACCAACAGUCCUAGCUAGCUAUGAUGUCUAUGAACUACAAUGACCAGCAUGGCAUGCUAACCAAAGAGUGAAGUUGUGGCAUGUAUACCUGGGGGUACCAACAGCUCUAUAAUUGGACUUAAGACCAUCUCAACAAGAAGAAAAUCAGGCCUGGUACUGGAAACCUAGCCAACUACUCAGGGCUAGUGAAGUCAUGGAUCUCAGAGGAGAACCUGCCCCCACCACUUUACUAAACCAGCAUAAUCCCCAACUCAUUCUAAAUAUUUUCCUUUUAGUCACAGGUUAGUGUGUUCCUCAUCCCUCAAUAAGGAAAGCUUUCUUUGCAACAAACAGAUCAUUGCAGAAAACCACAACCAAUCAAAGAGCGGAUUUAUGGAACUCAGUCCCAGUGGAUUCAUCUACAAGACAUUCCCAGAACCUAAGGCUCAGGAAACAUUUUGGGAGGCAGGGUUGGGAGGUGGGGAUUGUGAAAGCCAGAGGACUAGGAAGUUUUCUGUGAGACUUUGUCUCCUAAUAAUGUCAGGAGCUACCUCCAUGUCUCACCAACAUGACUAUUUAAACAUGAGCUGAACAAGGACAGCUACAAUAGAAAAGCCAAUAUGGAUGGGUGAAUGAUCAGACCUCAACCCCACACAAAGAACUAUAGACAACCAUGGCGUGCGGAGAGUGGAAGAAACAGUCUUCCUCGGGGAACAUAGCAACGAUUAGAUAUCCAAUACCAACUGGUCAGUCCUGAAAAUAGGCAAAGAAAUAACAUUUACAGACUGAGCAGACUGUAUUUAGGAAUAUGAUUGUAUAUACAUAUAUGUAUACACAUAUAACAAUGUGUAACAAAAAAGAGGCCAUGAAUUUAAAAGAGAGCAAGGAGGGGUUUAUGGGCAAGUUUGGAAGGAGGAAAUGGGAAAAUGAUAUAUCAUAAUCUCAAAAACUAAAAGAAGUAAGUAGCCAGGCAUGCCUUUAAUCCCAACACUUUGGAGGCAAAAGCAGGAAGAUCUCUGAGUUUGAGGCCAACCUGGUCUAUACAGAGUUCUGGGACAGCCAGGGAUAGAGACCCUGGCUUAAAAAUAAGUAAAUAAAAAAUAAAAAAAUAAUGGAAAUCUAGUGGGGAAAAAAAAAAGCAAGCACCUGUAAUAAACUUUAGGUGAAUAAAAAAAGAAUUCUUUUUGCAUAGUUAAAUGAUUGAUUGGUGAAAGUUGUAUGCUGGGAUUAUGUUGUUGUCUACUUUGUUGUUAGUAGACAUGGUUUGUCCACUGUUGUGUUAUGGUAAUUGAAUCCAUUGGUACAGUGUAGAAUUGUAAACUCAGGCUACUGAAAUAUAUUUCAAAAAUGAAACUUUAAUUCCCAAUUCUUGAAAGUUUAAAUUAUGGCUAAAAUAUAUAGAAAUUAAAUAUUGUAUUUUUUUUUUUUUUUU